CUUAACUUUCCAACCCGGGACAGACAGCAGCGCAGCGGCACACACUCUCUGCUUCCCCUCACCUGAUGAGCCACACAGCCACCUCAUCAUGACACAGCAGGAGCAGCAGGACUUCAAGGAGAACCUGGAGGCGGCCCUCUCCUGGAUGCGGGCCGUCCAGGAGAGGCUGAAAGCCAACGACAACACCCACGGGCCCCGGGAUGCCUUGGAGGCGAGACUGAAGGAGACAGAGAAAAUCCACCAGUCGGAGCAUGAAGGUCGUGUAAAGAUGGACAAGGCGCUGGUGGCAGGAGAGACUCUGCUGCAGAGCGGAGACGAGGAGCAGAGGAACCACAUCCUCACAAAGCUCAAAGAUAUGAAGAGUCAGUGGGAGGAGACCAGUACCUAUAUCGUCCACUGCCACAGCCGCAUCGAGUGGGUCUGGCUCCACUGGAGCGAGUAUCUGAAGGCGUACGAGGAGUUCGAGCUGUGGCUGGCGAAGCAGCAGCGCGGCGUGGACGUUCAGACGGAGCUCCAGCUGGGAGUGAAGGAGAAGCUGUGGCAGGUGGACCAACAGAGGGUGGUGGUGAGCGACAUCCACAGCCAGGCGGGGCUGCUGCAGAGGCUGCUGGACGAGGCGGCCGCGCUGCACAACCGGACCCAGGACCCCAGCGUGGACGACCAGGCCCAGAUCAGGCUGCAGGAGGCCUACAAUGAGGUCAAGGACAAAGCUGAGGAGCGUCUGUCGCUGCUUCAGAAGAUCGCUGAGGAACAUCAGAUGUACCAAAGCUGCGUGUAUAAAUUCCAGACCUGGCUACUCUCAAAAACCAAGGAGCUGACGGAUCUGGUGGAGCGGGAGGGGACGGCAGAGGACAAGCUCAAAGCCUUGCAGGCUCUGGACGACAGCGUGGCCCGCGAGGAGAAGACCCUGCAGCACAUCGAGGGGGUGGCGGAAGCCGUCAGGGCCAGCACGUCCCCCGCGGGAGCGGAGGUGGUGGUGGAGGAGGCCGAGGAGCUCCGGCUGGGCUGGCAGAGGCUGAGGCAGGGCCUCUGCGAGGCCGAGGACAGCCUGCACUCCAGCCUGGACUCUCACAGCCAGUACAUGGCCCGCUGCCAGCGGCUGGGAGACGACAUCGGCCGCCUCAGGGCGCUGCUGCAGGGACUGGACCGGGAGCUGGCUCAGACCCAGGAGUCCCGGGACGGCACCGAGGAGCAGAUGGUGGGCCAGUGGAGGACAUACACGGGUGUGAAGAAUACUCUGACAGGAGAGGAAUCCCAAGUGGAACUUCUGAAGGCUCAGCUCAAAGAGCUCUUCAGGUUCUCCGAGGACUCGCACCACCUUUCCGACGACGUCCUCGCCGUCGUCAAAGAACAUCAGAGCGUCAAAUGCCGAGCCAGCAAGCUGUGUUCAGAGUCUGAGUCGGGGCUCAGGAGCGUCCUCCAGGACCCCCUGCUGCUCUACGGCCAGUGGAGCCACAGGGUCUCCCAGGUGCUGGAGGCUUCCGCCGACGUCUCGGACUUCUCUCACAUCGCCAUGUUGGUCCAGAACAUCGAGCGUCUGCUGAAGGACAGCGUGCUGGUGCAGGAGCGUCUCGGGCUUCUGCAGGAGAAGAGCGACCUGCUGGACCCCGUGUUCGGCCCGGAGAGAGCCGAGGGUCUGCAGGGCGACCUGAGCUCUGCCGUCAGGAACAGGGAGCUGCUGCACACUCAGCUGCUGCAGAGGAAGAGCAGGCUGCAGGGUUUGAUUUCCAGAACCAAAGACUUUGGUGAUGCCUAUGAGCAGAUUCGCUCCAGGCUGGCCUCUUUUGCUGAGCGAAUGCUGGCAGCCGACGGCCUCCAGCCGGACAUCCUCGCCAAAAAAACCCAGGCGGACCAGUUCAGGGCGAUCCACAGGGACCUGCAGGACUGCGAAGCCCACAUCAUGGCGCUGGAGACGCUGGUGUCGUCCAGUCCCAGCAACAGGAGCCAGUUCGAGAAGCUCUGCGUUGAAUGGAAGCAUUUAAAUAAGACGGCCCGGAUGAAGGCGAACGAGAGCGAGGCGAACGUCGCGGCGCACGAGAGCUUCCACGACAGCCUGCUGAACAUCGAGAAGUGGCUGAUGAUCAUGAGGCAGAAGCUGGAGUCCUUCCACGGCCCCUCAGGAGAGUGGAGCGUCGAGGGCCGCCGCCAUGAAGCCGAGAAAGCUCUGGGAGAGUUCCCAGAGAAGGAGCUGCAGCUGCAGCAGAUGGAGGUCCAGGGUCAGGGGGUCCUGCAGAAGACCUCGGAACAGGGGCAGGUCCACAUUGUUCGAGACAUAAAGCGCCUGAAAGAGUCGUGGAUGGCGCUCUACAACAUGAGCCUCAACCUUCACAGGCUGCUGAAUGUCUCUUCUGGGCAGACGGAUUCUGUCUCAACAGAGACGUUGGGCGUCUUGGAAAGCAGCAGGUCGGUGAGGGAAGGGAUGUUAUCGGGCGACGGUGUGGACGGGGCGCAGGGCAGAGGGAUUCGAGGUCAGGAGGGUCACAUCACAGCGGUUGGAAAGAGCGAAGAGCGCCUGCUUCCACACAGAACGGGCGACAACGGCGGCCACUCCUCAAAGGGAAGCGUGGUCGACUCGUCUGCCUGGAGCAGCAGCAGCAGCGGCGCAGGAAUUCACGGAGCAGCCGGAGAAACGGUGGUCGACGGCUCCGCGGGAAGCGGAGCGGCGGCGUCCACACAGCUCGGCUCCGGUGAGCGGGUCGAGACCAUCUCUGCAGAAGAUGGCGAAGAAGCAAGGGAAGGCCUCAGCGCUGGAGGAGGCGCCUUCAUGGUCUUCAGGAAGGACUCAGCCAAGAAACCGACGACGGCUUCGCUUCAGGACGCAGCGGGGAGCAGAGAGCAGUACUGGUUGAGGAGGAGAGAGUUCGAGGUCUGGCUCAACAGAGAGAACGAAAUCCUCUCGGGAAUCCUCGGCAGAAAGGAACCGCCACUCAGUGCCAAAGAACUCCAGAUCAGAAAGGACACACUGGAGGCUCUGAGGACCGGCCUGGGCUGGGGCCAGGAGCAGUUUCAGCUCCUCCUGCAGGAGAACGAAGAAAUUGUGGCUGCUUCUGGAGCGGAGGACCUCGGGCUGGAGGACCUGCGCUAUCGCUGGAUGCUCUAUAAGUCCAAGCUGAAGGACGCGGGAGACCUCAGGGCCAGGAAAGUUGUGAAGAAAGUUGCUGUCGAAAAGGAGGAGGCAGCCGCUGCUGUAGAGAAGCCACAAAAGAAGCCCGGCUUCCUGCAGCGGGUGUGCCGCCUGGCCCUCCCCCUGUGGCUCCUCCUGCUGGCUCUGCUGCUGCUGGCCUUCCUGCUCCCCCUCAUGGAGGAAGGCAGCAGCUGCUCGCUCUCCAACAACUUCGCCCGGUCCUUCAACAUCAUGCUCCGGUACGACGGCCCGCCGCCCACAUAGGAGAGAAACCGUACCGCCCGGCUGCACUGAUGUAGGAAAUGCUAACUUGAAUAUUUAAAAUCCCACAUUCCCAACAUGCAUCAUGCCUGACUUUUCUUGAAACCACACAGUGGACUGUGCAGCCUUGAUUGCAAUCUUCUUUUGAAUCUCCAGUAGAUUUGCUGCAUUUAAGGCGAAGCAGCAGGUUACAUUAUUCUUUGAACUUGAUUUCCACAUCUGAUUUAAGCCAAUGUUAUAGGUCAGUGUGCAGCAGUGAGAGGAAAACUAAGGCCUUGUAUCAAGAAUGCAAUCUGCUGGAAGACAAUGUCAUUAUCUCAUUAUAAUUAGUCUGGUUCACCAUUUAAUGGAGACUUAAAACAAGUAUUUAAAGACCCGUUGUCGGCCACAUUCAAGGUGAUACAGCCCCGAUCUUUACUGCUAACUGGAAUCCUUUCUGUGGCCUUUUCAACAUAAACUACUGUCAGUGUGUUUGCGGUCGUACCUAUGAAGCCAAAGUGAGUGAGUUCCCCACGCAGAAGAGGAAAUUAUACAACAGGAUCCAAACCAAAGAGUCUAGCUCAAGAUUUGCAUUCAUUUGCUUGAAGCCACUCGGUGCGUUGAAGCCCAGAUCAAACCAGGUUAGCAGCAUGCUAUGCUGUCUUACUGUAGCAAUGUUAAGCCGUGACUUUACAAGGAGCUACAAAGUGCUUAUUUAUUUUUUGGAACUUGUCAUGUGCACAUUUUAUAAGCAUAUUUUGCAUCGACUUGUUUUUGUUUCAAGCAGUCGGGUUCAUGUUGUUGUGGCUGUUACCAGAGAGCAAAUCCUGCACUGAAAGAAAAUAUAUUUCAGAUUAAGAUUUAAGAUUCAGAGCACCAAUAGAUUGAGCAUCUUCUUUUCUGUGUAAUUUUUGAGAAGGAUUCAUCAUUUAAAGUGGAUGAGUGCAGUUUGAAUGUAAUGUAAAUAUAAUGAAGUUAUUUUGAAAACGCACCAACAACCAAAAGUGAAGCAGGUCUCACACUUUAAUCUUAAGAUGUUUAGAAUGUUCCACGAUGAUACACCCAAAAACUAAAGAGGUACGUUAAUACGACUCAAAGAAGCCCUCACUCAUCCAAAUUUCAAGCCGGUUUUUCAGAAAUAGUUCUCAUCCAAGUUGUAAUUCCACAACUUUCCUGCAAUAAAACAUGGAGAAUCAAGUGUUACUCUGGAUGUGGGUUGAGUAGUAACGGAUACAUUUUUGUUCGUUGCAGCUUUUCUGACAAUGUUUGCUUUCUUUGUUUUCUUAUAUCAAUCCACUGAACUGGAAUUACCUUUAAAAUGCUCUUUAAAUGACCCAGAUUGUAGUGAAGUUAACAUCAACCCACAGACUUGUAAAGACACGACUAUGUAAAUACUAUGUAUUCCUCU